UCAGGCACCGAGGGCAGGGGUUGGGAGAGCAUGGAAGGAAAAACCUCUUGAUCGUGGAGGUACACGUGCAGCUAGCUUACUUCUGCUGAAAACAUUUUCUGCUUUAGUCUCUUAAAGGAAGCUCUGGGUAAGGUGUCACUAUGGCACUCCUUUGUUAGAGAGCACGCUUCCCAGGAAGAGUGGAAACAGCAGAGAGCAGCCAGCCAGGACAAGGAGUGCAAUGCCUUGCCGUCCUGUGUGCACAAGGGAAGAGCAUCUAUCCGUCAACUCAGUGGAUUAUGUUAACCAGGAGCAGCCUUGCCACACUGUGAUGGACAGAGAGGAAAUACAUACCCCAGGUUUACGGCUGUUCUGACCAUUUGUGUGGUGAAGGAGUUGGAAAGAUUGGUGCAAAUAACCAGAGCCGUGAGUAUGCUGUGAUAACAGGGGACACUUGGGAGCGUAGGAGUUGCUGUAUCGGAGCCGACCUUUAGACCUAAGCUGGCUCGCCAAAUGCCACUGACUCAUGCCUCAACUUCACCUCUGAGUUGCCAUGGCCAAGUUAGAGACCGUAUCUGCUCUUAGUGACCCAAGCUACCAGAGCCAGGACACCUUCCACUCGUUUGCCUCCAGGCCCUCUGAAUCUGCCCCCCAAAACACUAUGGGAAGCGUGGGCAGCGGAGUCGCCAAUGAGCAAGAGUUUGCGAUGAAGAGCGUGGGAACCAGGACUCAGAGCAGCAGCAGGCAGGCUGAUGGCUCACGGAAUGGCUAUUCCACGCGGGAGAUCUCUAACCGUUACUCCGGGGAGGAGAAGACCUACAAGUCAGAGAAGAUCUCCAACUCCCUCUACAUCAAUGGGGACCUGCGCAAGAGUGAGAAGAUGAAGACAGACAUUUGUGGGAACGUUACCACCAACAACGAGAAAAACCUGCCACCUCCUCCCCAGUACAGAGAACCCAGUAACCCACCAAAGAUAUUGCCAGUCUCUGGCAAAUUGGACCAGAGCAAUGAGCCCUUAGUUAGACCUUCAGCCUUUAAACCAGUAGUUCCUAAAAACUUCCAUUCCAUGCAGAAUCUCUGCCCGCCGCAGAACAAUGGAAUAACUGAGAACAGAAAGAGCUUGAAUCACACCAACAGCAAUAGCCCGUCUGCUGGCAAAAGCGGACUGGAGAAGACCAGCCUUAAUAGGACUACAAACCAAGUGGGAGGUCUUUCUGAUUCUGGCCGUAACUCUUUGACGAGCUUGCCCACUUACGGGACGGGCUACAGUCAGCACGUUGGCCCAAUGAGUGCUUCAACUAGUCACAUAAACCGCAUUGGCACAACCUAUGUAGAUAAGAACACAGGGGGAUACAAUGGAAUAUCUACCUCAGACAGUGGACGGUCUUCAAGCAAGAGUACUUCUUCUUUCAAUAGACUCAACCAUCUGAACGAAACAAUGCCUUUCCACUCACCCUCGACAGAUGACGUUAUCCAGGACCUGGAGGACAGGCUGUGGGAGAAGGAGCAGGAGGUCCUGCAGAUGAGAAGAAACCUGGACAAAAGCGAGGCUGCCAUCUUCCAAGUGUUUGAGGAGAAGCAAAAAAUUUGGGAGCGUGAAAUGGAGGACCUCAGGCAAAAUUAUGCAAAUAAACUGCAGCAGGUCUCCAAGAAGGCCCAGAGGGCUCAACAGGCCUUGCAGCUCCAGAUCUUCAAGCUCCAGCAAGAGAAAAAAAAGCUCCAGGAUGAUGUGGGGCAACUUCUCCAACAGCGAGAAGAGCUAGAGAAAAAAUUUGUGGCUUUCAAGAAAGAACAGGCAGAGUUUCUUCCCAAGAUUGAAGAAACCAAGUGGGAGGUGUGCCAGAAGGCUGGUGAGAUCUCACUACUCAAGCAACAACUGAAGGAUUCCCAAGCUGACGUCUCUCAGAAACUGAACGAGAUAGUGGGGCUGCGGACUCAGCUCAAAGAAGGUAAGAACUUCCUGAGAGAGAAGGAGGAGCAGAUCACCACCCUGAAAGACUCCUACAGCUCCAAGACUGUCAACCUGGAGAUCUGCGAGAAUGAGCUGCAGAGAAAGAUGAAUGAGGUGCAGAUGCUAAGGGAAAAACUCAACCACUGUGAGCUGGAGGUCUCUGGCCUGAAGCAGACGCUGGCCAGCAUGGGGCACCAUGGCCAUUUCAAUGCAGAGCUCACCGAGAAACUAAGGGACCCCUUGGCCUGUGAGAGCGAUGAGGCCAAGAUGAAGCGCCAGAACGAGGACCGUGUCAUUGCCCUGAAGAAGGAGGUGGAGCGGCUCCAGACGGAGCUGAAGCUGGAGCGCCAGCAGCUGGAGCAGCAGGUGAUGGACUUUGAGGAGGAGCGGCGCACGUGGCAGGAGGAGAAGGAGAAGGUGAUCAAAUACCAGAAGCAGUUACAGCUGAACUACGUGGAGAUGUACCAGAAGAACCAGCUCCUGGAGCACAAGGUGAAUGAGAUGACCACCAAGGCCACCAGCCCACCUUACGCUGAGGAGAAAAAACCAUGGACUCCAUCCAGGCUAGAGCGCAUAGAGUCCACUGAGAUCUAACACGGGACCAAGUCAAUAAAAGUAAUUUUUAUUACUGUGCAUGUACUACCUACUCCUGCCAGUGAUCUUCCUAAGGAUGAUGUGCUUUUUCACCAGAGGUGUAAAUGCACCAAACCCCCCACCCUUUCUCUCUUCCUCAGUGCUCUGUAAGUAAACUAACCGUGGGUGUACAUUGUUAUACUAUUGAUGAUGCUACAUCGGUUUCUCCUGGUACAGCUAGGAAGGGCCCAGUGGCCCUUUUGGAAUCUGCCGUGACUGUUACUUCUCUAUAUGCUGCCAUCCCUUCCACCAUCAUCAACUCCCCUGCCCUGUCCAUUUGUUCCUCCCCCCCGCCCCUCCCUGUCAGUUCAUGCAGCAAAACAGUGCAAAGUGACAGGGUUUUUCAGGGCAUUUUAGCCACAUUGGCUAACAGAGCAAAGCUCUUGGGAUCAGAAGAACCGUGCAGUUCAGCACAUCACGGUAUCCUAUCUCCAUGAUACUUGUCUGACAGCCUAAUCCAAUGAAGUCAGUAGGAGGCUUGCCAUUGACUUCAGUGAAACCAGGCUUUGACCCUAUUCCGAUAGGUCUCUAUAGCAAGUACAUUGCUAACAAUUGCCAAGGUCCAUGAUGUCACUAGGGGUUAGAAUAAGCCAGUUGAGGUACAAUGAGCCGACACCAACCGCUGCCCAAAAUGACCCGAGAGCUGCGUUUGAGGUUCCGAAUACAUGCUGUGCUUUCGCUUUGAUAUUUACAUUCCCGUCCCCUUCCACUUCUUGGCAAUGACCAGGACUAGAAGCAGAAAUGGCAAAUUGUAGCAAACCCCACUGUUUUUCCUGUAUUUCUGGCCUGGCCAAGAUAAGGAAUCCCCAGUGAUUCAGGCAGCAAUUCCCAGUCCUCAGGAGAGAUCCCAGAGGAAAGAACUUGGAGUAAGCUUCAGAGAAGCAUUCAAACUCCUUCCAUGUUUGUCCAAACCAGAAAUUAACGCGUGGGGGAUGCCAAGUGGUGACACUAUCCCAUUCCCAAAGAAAGGUGCCAGGGUUGCAUUUCCUCUUGCCGUUGUUCCCUGUCGAGGUGGCCUAGUUACAAAAGGGCCUCAGGAAACCACCCACACAUUUGCAGACUCUGCUCUGCUAGUGAACAAGCAUCAGCACCAUGUAUAGAUGUGGCAGGAGUUAAGACCCUCGCAUAGGAAGUAAGUUAGGCCCCAGUUCAACAAAGGCCUCAGCUAGGCAUGUGCUUAAGAACCAUACUGAGUCGGAGCCGUAGAAAAAUCCUAGGGGCCCAGUUCUGCCUGCAGAUGCAGGUGCACAAUCGCCAAGUCUCACACCGGGACCCAAGGGCCGCAUUCAGCCAUAAAUGGGCCUGAUUCUGUCUCCUACUAAGGAUGUGUCACACCCUUCCGGAAGUGUAAAGGGGUCUUCAAAUGGGACUCAGUCGGAAGCAGUGGUGUGCGGGAGACUCAGUGUAACUCAGGAGGAGGCCCGGUGUCCUUUCCAGAGGCAGAGCUAGAAGGAACAAAGGGUGUAGAAUGAGCAGCGACGCAAAGCCCUACACGGUGAUUUCAAUGAGCGUUCAGGCCCAAGCGUGUACUGAGCGAGAAAGGCAGGAUGAGAGGCUCAGCACUGGGAAAAGAGCAGCCAAGAAAAGCAUGGAAGCUGCUUAUUUUCCAUAUGUCCCCUUAGCUGAGCUCUCACUACGAGCUGGUGGCUCACAAUUCCUCGGGGGGAGGGGAGGAGUUGAACUUUUGUUGGGAUUUAGAACAUCUUGGGGAAAGCCCAGCAGUCAGCAAGCAGGGCUCACUAGAGAAUGGAGAAACUGACCAGUUCUCAGGGAGUUUCUGUUGUUUUCCCAGCUGACUUUGCCCUUUGAGCACGCACCAACAGGGACCAGCAUGGGCUACGGGUGGUGCUGGUGGAUGACAAUGGUCGUUGUUGCUGUACAAGUGAAGGCAUCUAGCGGGAUGACCUGUCGCAGCCUGUCCUGGGAAACAGCAAUUGAUCUUGAGGGCUCCUCAGUUUUCCCCCUGCUGCUCUUGUGCUAGGGGAGGCAAAGAAAAUAUAUGGCAUCAGUCCAGCAAAAACUAAAGCAAAUACCUGUGAAACUGGCUGUCCCAGAGAGGAACCCAAGCCAGCUGUCUCAGAAACGGCCUUGGAUUGAUGGCCAAAUGGCACUGUCCUGGUCUAGGUGUGGGCUAUGUAGGACAAGGAGUGGGCCUGGCUCUUGGAGAUGGGGUUCACAUACUGAAUAUACCGGGUGGGCCUGAAGCAAAGCCCAGUAGAAAGAGUCUCAUUGACUUAACAGGCUUUGGAUGAGGCCCUAAAUCAGUUUCUGCUCCGUUGAAGUCAGUGGAAUGACUCCAGUAUAACAUCCUUGUGAGAGAGGAGUCAGGCUCUGACCAUGUUCCCUGUAGCCCAGUUAUGGGAGCGGAAGCACUUACAGUAGGAGGGAGAUUGGCGUCAGUGGGAGCAAGAUCAGUGGCAAAGCUCCCAGUCAUAUGAAGAGGAGCAACCUUAGCCACCGUCAUCUCUGUCUACAGAGCCAGGACGGUGCGGGAGGGGGCAUUGCUUCCCAGCCACCAUCCGUCGACAAGGGCUUCAGCAGGGCACAUUAUUGCAUUCCAGUCUUAGCAAUGGACGAGACCUGGCAUUAGCAUUGCAAGCUUGAUUUCUUGCUGUGCUGCCCAUUUUUAGUGGUGCAAUUGUGUCCCUGCUCAGGUUUCCAGGUGCCAGUCAUUAAUCCGCCCCCAGCCAGGCAGCAGAGUUGGCCAUAAUAAGUGCUGCUUGAGGGUGCACAGGGCUGAGGCUGUGUGCAUAGAGCAGCAUGCAGACACCAGCGAAUAGGGCUCGGCUAGAACAUUGGACCUGGCACCGUUUCCAGGCCAGGGCGUUUUCCCUCCCCGGUGCCUGCAGUUAUAGUUCCUGGAGAGCUGCAGCCUGGCUUUCAGCAGCAGGCAGUGCAAUUCCACAGGCAAACGUUCUGUGCACCCGGAGUGGGGCGUGUCUAAUAUGCAUGUUGGCCUGUUGGAGCCAUACCUGGGCCACAUGGGUCUGCAAAUGCCUAGUUUGUGUGCGAAGGCUGAAUUAAGCGUGUAUGAAAUUAGGCCCUAUUUCUGUCCUUUUAAAUUAGCUAGACCAGUUCCUCAGCUGGCGUAAAGCAGAGUAACUCCCUUGACUUGAAUGGAGCUGGCCACCUGCCUACCCUGUGAGGGCUGGAUCCUGCAAAGUGCUGAGCACCCUGAGUCCCCAUCAGUCAGCGUGACGGGCUGAGUGCCCUAAACCUUCAGAGUUAGGCUUCUUCAUGAGUUAAGCGAUGGGGGGGGGGGGGUCUGAUUUCUGUUUGUGUGAGCUGGGGCAAGCCACCUUGCUGUGCCUCAGUUUCCCCAUGAAUUGAACCAGGAUAACCAUCCUUCCCUACCUUGCAGGGAUGAAUUUAUUCCUGUCCCCAAAGAGCUCUGAGCUCCUUGGAUGGAAGGGAAAAGGGCUGAGCAACUACAAAUAUUUUUAAUAGAUUUCAGACCAACCUUACAUGUCAUUUUUCAGGCCAUCAUUUAACAAGACGAUGUUUAGGGGAACAGGAUCCACACUCCGAAUGGGAUGAGCCCCAGGACCUGUUACAGCUCCUCCAUUACUAGGGGUGAAAUUCUGGUUCAAAUGAAGUUGAUGGCAAAACUCACACUGAAUUCAGUGGUGCCAGGAGUUCCCCCUAUCAUUCUCAAGGGCCCCAAUCAGCCUUUGAGAAUGUUCACACCCCUGAUGUUAACCUGUGUUAGCAUCAACUAGCAGUUCACAUUGUUGCCGUCUACCCACUCAAUACAUACCUGAGAUUCCUACUGAUGCCUAACAAGUGCAGAACAGACCCUGAUUGCAGAUUUACGUGUUCUGCAGGAACAUUCCCUAAAUAAAGAGUGAUCUAAUCAGAUCAAUAGUACACUUCCUGAAAGCUCCUUCAGGGUAUGUCUACACAGCAAAGAAAAACCCGCGGCUAGCCCGUGCCAGCUGACUCAGGCUUCGGGGUGGGAGCUUGGGCUGUGGGGCUGUUUCAGUGCUGUGUAGAAUUCCGGGCUUGGGGUGCAUCCUGGGCUCUAGGACCCUGUGAGGAUCCCAGAAGUCUAUACAGCAAUGAAACAGCCAAGUCCCAUGAGCCAGAGUUGGCUGGCACACCCAGAGGCGUCUAGUUGCUUUGUAGAUAUACCCUAGGUGUGUCCCAGAGUAGGGAGGCCAACAAUCCAUGCAUUAAAAAGCCCCUAAAUGCAUAUUUAUCCAAUGCACUGAAGCAUCCCAGAUCUUUGAGUAAACAGGCAGGUGGUGUGUUUUAAGACCACCCUUAAUGUCCAUUGUCCACCAUUGAUCGGGGGGGGCGGGAGGGGGGGGGGUGAAGAUUCUGGGCCAGAACCUCAGCUACUGUAAAUCAGUGUCACUCCACUGAAGUCGGAGCUAGACCAGCUGAGGAUCUGGCGAUGUUUAAGAGACAUUAAGGCUGUGAUAGGAAUCAGCCAGUGCAAAGGGAAAUCCAAGAAAAAGCUGAACCUUGAACACUCCACCGCCCCUUACUUAACUGGCUGUUUUCUAUGCAAAUUAGCCAGACACUUUAACAAGCCAGACUCAGCAAAGUCACCAUUUCAUAGAAUCAUAGAAUCAUAGAAUAUCAGGGUUGGAAGGGACCUCAGGAGGUCAUCUAGUCCAACCCCCUGCUCAAAGCAGGACCAAUCUCCAACUAAAUCAUCCCAGCCAGGGCUCUGUCAAGCCUGACCUUAAAAACCUCAAAGGAAGGAGAUUCUACCACCUCCCUAGGUAACACAUUCCAGUGCUUCACCACCCUCCCAGUGAAAAAAUUUUUCCUAAUAUCCAACCUAAACCUCCCCUACUGCAAUUUGAGACCAUUACUCAAUGGUAGCAGAUGACAGAACAAGGAGAACAGUCUAGAUCCAUCCUCUUUGGAACCCCCUUUCAGGUAGUUGAAAGCAGCUAUCAAAUCCCCCCUCAUUCUUCUCUUCUGAAGACUAAAUAAUCCCAGUUCCCUCAGCCUCUCCUCAUAAGUCAUGUGUUCCAGUCCUCUAAUCAUUUUUGUGGCACUCUGCUGGACGCUUUCCAAUUUUUCCACAUCCUUCUUGUAGUGUGGGGCCCAAAACUGGACACAGUACUCCAGAUGAGGCCUCACCAAUGUUGAAUAGAGGGGAAUGAUCAUGUCCCUCCAUCUGCUGGCAAUGCCCCUACUUAUACAGCCCAAAAUGCCAUUGGCCUUCUUGGCAACAAGGGCAAACUGACUCAUAUCCAGCUUCUUGUCCACUGUAACCCCUAUGUCCUUUUCUGCAGAACCGCUGCCUAGCCAUUUGGUCCCUGGUCUGUAGCGGUGCAUGGGCUUCUUCUGGACUCUGCACUUGUCCUUGUUGAACCUCAUCAGAUUUCUUUUGGCCCAAUCCUAUAAUUUGUCUAGGUUCCUCUGUAUCCUAUCCCUACCUUCCAGCGUAUCUACCGCUCCUCCCAGUUUAGUGUCAUCUGCAAACUUGCUGAGGGUGCAGUCCAUGCCAUCUUCCAGAUCAUUAAGGAAGAUGUUGAACAAAACUGGCCCCAGGACCGACCCUUGGGGCACUCUGCUUGAUACCGGCUGCCAACUAGACAUGGAGCCAUUGAUCACCACCUAUUGAGCCCGAUGAUCUAGCCAGCUUUCUAUCUACCUUAUAGUCCAUUCAUCCAGCCCAUACUUCUUUAACUUGCUGGCGAGAAUACUGUGGGAGACCGUUCCAAAAGCUUUGCUAAAGUCAAGGAAUAACAUGUCCACUGCUUUCCCCUCAUCCACAGAACCAGUUAUCUCAUCAUAGAAGACCACUAGAUUAGUCAGGCGUGACUUUUCUGCAGGGUGAUUGUGCUGCAAAUUGUUCUUUGUGUAUGACGCCCACCCGUGUGUUGCCAUUACAAGAGGGUAGCUGAGGGCCCCCUUUUGAGGUUGCCCCCUUUUGAGGUUACUUACCCCGUGAAUCCUGUAGGCAGAUGUUUUGCCGAAAUGCCAGCAAGUGCACAAUCCCGUUCCCUUCCUUUCCCUGAGUCCCCACCAAAACUGUUGGGUGGAAAACGAACUCAUUCUGCUGGACACACUGCCGAUUUUAGGGACCACAGAGCCACUUAAGGACAGGAGAGGGUGUUGUGCAGAGAGUUUCCACCUUACAGGCGGAAAGUGCCUGUUCCCACCCCUCUGGUCGUGUGUCAUUACCUUUCUUCCUGCAGAUAUGUCACCUUGGAUUGGGAUCUACUCAGAUCUCUUGAACUACGCAGCUCUGAGCCCUCCAUUCCUUUGGUGGGAGAGCUGCACCGAAUACCCGAGGUGCGCUCAGAAGUUAGGCUGGUGAUUCAGGAACGGGCAUUCUUCCCUCCCAGGUCAGCACGGAGCUAAUGCCCCAGCGAGCUGCCUGAGGUGCCUCUUGCUGGUGGGUUGCCAAGCAGAAGGUUCUGAUCCUUAACGACUCCAUUGAAGUCAGUAGGGCAGAUCUUUGGCUGAUGUGCAUCCGCAUAACUUCCUUGCCGCAGAGCUCCGGACGUACAUUAGCUGAAGAUUUGGCUCAAAUGAGUUACACUCGUGUAAGGGAGGGAAGAAUGGGAUCCUUUAUUUCUUUAUGUGUUUGUUUUUCUUCCAUGAUUUUGCUUUUAUUGCUUUAAGACGUCACACCUGCGUUGCUUUGGCUUGUCUCCAGAGCAGCAGGUGUGUAAUGGCCAUACGGGAAAGGAUUAGAGAUUAAAACUGUGCACCUAGCUAUGCCCAGUACUGCUUAGCCUCCACCAAUCUACUGACUGGCGAUCAACCGCAUCACUGCAAACAGACAAGCAAACAGUAUCGUUGCUAGCGUAAAACUGUAGGAAAAUCACUGACGGUUUUUUGUGUGAAGUGCUUAUUAACGGAAAUAGGAACCGAAUCAUAUACUAUAUGCUGCUAAAUUAUACAGAGACAAGUGUACUUGGAUGUAAAUAAUGGUCUAGUUCUGUAUAUAUGAUUAUUAAACAAAACAAAAAAAGAAACUUCUGUAACUUCUAUGUGGGUGACUGUAGGAGCAGAAAUCAUUUUCAAGAGCUAAGUUCUGGACUACAGGCCUCAUCCGACAAGGUGCUCAGCAUCCUCAAGCCCCCAUUGACUCCAAUAGGAAUGGGGGGUGUUCUCCAUCUCCCUGGAUUGGGCCCUUGCUCUCCUGUUUAUCUCUGUGUUCCUUCUACCCAUUGAUAGUCCUGUGGAGAACCUGAGAUGUUGACGUCCUGUUGUUGCUUUGGUGCGUACCUUCCACAAAGCCCACCUAGACAAGGCCAUUAAGCUCCCUCCAUUCUUCUUCUGAGACUUGGAUGCCCAGAAGAAAUGCCCAGAGAGGGACAGCCUUUGUAAGAUGCCCUGAGAUCUCCAUCUGAAAGGGGUAAGAAAAAUAUAAUGUGCUGCCUGAGAGAGCCCUAUUUUGAAAGUGCUAUGGGAGAACAAAGAGAACAGCCUUUCCCCCCUACCCCCUUGUGCCCCUCGCCUCAUAGGAGAGAACUUAUUAAAUGUCCCUCACAAAGAAUAAACUUCCUGGAGGUAGUGAUGUCUCACCGACUGAUGCGGGGCUCAAGGCCACAGCGGGCCACAGUUUGGCACAAGGGGCAUGCUAAUGUGCUCUGUAGUGAUCAGGCUAAUGUGUGUGAACUACUGCCCACUGCUGGAUGGAAUUGGCACUGCGUUAUAGGACCUAUGCUGUUCGCACCCGGUGGCAAUAGGCCAUUAGCUCAAGUAGUGAGGGACCGAGCUGCUGGGGCAGGUUUCAGCAGCCAGGAUGUGCAGCACAGUGACAACAGUGAAGGCCUGGUUGGCCCCACAUUUGAUACAGUGCGAAGAAUUCUCCUGUUUUUACCCCUGUAGCCUAAGACAUAAAAUCCACACACAUGACCACUUCUGCCCCACCAGGACAUUUGCCCUCAAGGCACUUCUCCAAACACCAUGGAAGUUGCCCCAGCACAUUGCCUGGGACCACCGUGCAAGCGCCCCUGAGAGAUGUCGCACCUACGAGCCAUCGCUCCAUUUCCCCUUCCCUUUGGAACUCCUAGCAACUGGCUCGGCAAGCCAGCGGGAGUCAGCCCCUGGCAGGGUGAAUCUCAGUGCCUACUAUACAGGGGAUCGCAGAAAGGCCUGGAUCUUCCACUAUUAAGGAACUAUUGCCCUUCUUUUCUUAGGAACCAUCUUCUGUUAGUAAUCAGCUCCUUUGCCAUGAAAUUAUUAGCAGGAUCUGCCCUGUCAUCCCCAUCUGUGUUUAGAGCUUGACCUAUGCUAGCUACGGCCAAUUCAGGAUUGCCUCUCUGGGAGCUGUGCUUGUCACCUGUUUUCCAGCACAACUAUUGAUCCCCAUGAUUUCCCGGUCCAGUGUGUGCAGAUAUUUCUUGGAACAACUUGUGCUAGCCAAUAACAUGCUCCGAACUCGCUCCCAAGUAAUGUAGUUCUCAUGCUCUGCCUAUAUUUGCCUAGCAUGCGCCAUUGUCACAUGGCUUGUCAGUGCAUUAGGUGGGGGCUCAAACAGUGUUACAACUGCAGCCAGCUGGCUGGAAAACGGUUCCAAACCGAGCAGCAAGCCGCAGUGCAAUGCCUCAUACACACCGCAGAGCAGCAAGUGGGGGAGGGAUCCCUUAGAACUUUGUUUGCCAGAUGUUACAUAUGUACACAGCUGUUGCCACCUCCCCCUCCCCCAUAGGUCCCACAGAUCACUCUUGAUCUGAAUGGAAAGGGAAACAAUGACAGUCAUGACUACUGCAAUGUGGGAACUAUUAGCAAACGCCAGCUUGUUAAUGGAGACCUCUCUUAGCAGAUCAAAUGGAAGACAGGGCUCCGGAGCUAAGUUAGACACAGGGUGGUCUAUUGGAGACAUUGGGGAUAUGGCUCAAAUUGGUAGGUGAGUCUGUUUGUUUAGAUCAUAAAUCCUUGAAUAUAUUAUAAAAUCCAUAGCUUGGCCCAGUGUCAGGCAAGGCACCUGAAGAGCAAGGAUUGUACUUUUCUGGAGUUGAAUGGUUAUUUUCUCAGAAGAAAUCAAUCUUGGCUUUCCCUUACAAAGAUAUUUAAUUGUCGAGCAAGAUUUAGCUGUAGCUGUUUCCUGCUCCAGAUACUGUCAGGCAGAGCCAUCCAUUCUGAUGGGGCCUUUAGAUGCUCCUAAUGUCAGACCAUGCGUAUAAGAAGCCCAUAGCUUUCUUCCCUUGGAGCCAGGACUAUGACAUUUGGAUGAGGGAUGGGCCCAAGCUACAGAGUUUGACUUGAGAUUGGAGUUUCCCCAGAGUUUGUGUAAUACAUUGGCCCAAGCCCUGGUUCAGACUCCAUCUGAGUAAGUGGGAGUCUUUCCAUUGCCUUCCCUGGGCUGUGAUUCAGAUUUCUGUGAAUCAGAAUCCCCUAGUAUGCAUGAUCAUGUCUCCCUCUAGGGGCUGGCCCCUGCAACUAUAACAGCUUUCUGCUUCUUGACAGAAGGAGUCCUUUAACUCAGGCGGGAGGGCUUGUGUUUAUGGCAUUGAAGGUACCAGUUUGAUCCCCACUGGCAACCAUUGUGUCCAUACUUUUACAGCCAUAGUUUGCUAUAUUCAGAUCCAAACAGAGACCGGGGCAGCUCUGAAUUUUGGACUGGGAUCCAAACUUGGUCAGAAUCCAAGUAUGGGCAGGUUGGAUCUAGAGUAUCAUUUUGAGCCCAUCUCUUAGGAAGACACUGUAUUUCUCUAGUCUAUUGGGAUGGCACCUUGGCUCCUUUUGGAUGACUGGAGGAACAAAACCACAUGGGCAGAUCUACCCCACUGGUGCAAAAUGCCACACCCUAGUAGUGUGCUGAGCAAACCAAAUGCCUAUGCAGUUUCUUACCAUGUGAUGACAGAGUCAGGUUCUGAGCUGGAACCUCUGAAGGGUGUUUUCAUUUGCACUUCCUCAGAUCUUCUCUAAGUCUGACAUUUGCUCUUCUAAAAGCGGUGAACCGGGAGCACCCAAGCAUGUGGGACCCUGACAGGUGACCUGCCAGGAAUGUGUCCAACCUGCCUUUGCAUUUACAUUGGGUUUUUUAAAUCAAAACUAAAUUUCCAUGGCUUAUUUGCUUGUCUCUGUCUUGUGUCUGUUCCUUUACAGCAACAGUGAGCCAGAUCCUCAGCUGCUGGCAGUCCACAUAGCUCUCUUGACUUUGGUGGAGAGAUGCCAACUUAGGCCAGCUGAGGAUCUGGCCUAACGUUGUCUGGGUUCACCAGCAAUAAAAACCCCACAGCUGAACAGGUUGGAGCCUGGCCCUGCCGAUGGUAGGGGUUGGGUUAGCUGCGGGCGGCUUCUUUGGAAUCCGCAUAGACCUGCAGGCAGCACUUGGGACAGCCCUACUGUAAAUGUAAGUCCUGAUCUUCUGCAGCUAAGUCCUGACCUUGUGCGUUUUGUUUCUUACUCACUAUCUGCUCUUACUGUGAAUUCAAACCAGAAGUUAAACUGUUCCCCUGUGUUCCGCAUUGACUUUUGAUGGGUUUCUCUGAACUCCGUCUAGCAAGACUUGGAAAAAACAUCCACGAAAACAUAUACUUUCAAAAGAAUAAGUUUUAAUUAAAACAAACCUAAGUGUGGCUCAUGUCCACAUUCAGACACCGUCGCAUUAACUGUGCCUCUGGUAAAUGUGUUUAAAGAAAAGAAAUUAAAACAAAACAAAACAAAAAACCCUGGACUUUUUGUACAGCAAAGAUGUAUCCAUUUAGAAACCUAUUGUUAAACCUCCAGCACAUUUCACAAUCGACUAGUCUAUUGUACAUCCCCAUCGGGUUAUAAUGUUGUGAAGAGUCACUGCCUUUUGGAUUUUCUACAGUGUACAUAUAUAUAUAUGUCCAUAUAGAGAUAGGUGUGUAUAUAUAUAUGUAAAGAUCUAUAUGUAUACGUAUCUCUAGCUAUCUCUCUAGAUCAAUAUCUGACUGUGAGGGGUUUUUAUUCCAGCAAAAUAAAAUGGAGAAAGGCUCCUUUUAAGAAUCUGCA